UCCCUCUAUACUAAAAAACCUGACGUUUAGGACAUGAUUGUGGUAACCAAGGAGUAAUUAAUUAGGGGUUAGUUUUCCAUCUCUGCCCCUAAUAAAUAUGAUUGUGGUUGCUCUUUGUACGAGAAAAUAAACCAGCCUAACUGGCUACCAAGCGGAUGCGUGAAGUUGGCGAGCUGAGGUCGAACCCUGGCGGCCAGCAAAACUUUUGCUGGAGGCUAGUUUUGCAUGGCACUGUUGGCCCCGCACGUUGGCGCGCUCAGAAGCAAAGCAGUGGAAUUACGUUGGCGCGAGCAGAAGCACUGGAAUUUCAAUUUUUUUUGUUCUCGCGCUGUAGAGGCUAGUUUGAGGCCGCGUUUUUUCCAUGUGGCCGAAAAUUUGUUCCUUUGGCGCUCUGGACGGCAGAUGCUUCGAGUGCUCGUUGUUAAUUCUAUUAAUAGCCCUCCUUCACCCCUUCAUCUACUAGUACUACUCCAUUGCCUUGCUUGCUUAGCUAGCUGUUCUCCUUCCACUACUACGGCAAUGGCUCAUUCCUUGUUUGGCUUUGAUCUCAACGUUCGUUUAGAGGACGAUGACGACGGCAACGUUCCCUUGGAUGUCAACGAGCAUGAAGAUGACGAUGGCAACGCUGGCUUUGAUCUGAACGAGCCUGUACAUGAUGAGCAUGGCAACGGAUUCGAUUUGAACUUGCCACUUGAUGAAUUUGGAGCUGUUGAUUUUGAUUAUGUACAAAACCUAGCUGAUCAUGCCGAACAAGUGAACCAACUGAAGCAUGAUUAUUCUAAUCAUGUUAGACAACAAGUGUACCAAGCUCUGUUGAUGAGAAGCAAGAAUGGGAAACUUGGCAAGAACGACACAACAAUUGUUGGUCAACAAUUUGGAGUAAAGAUUAGAACAGUUCAGCGCAUAUGGGAGCAAGGUAAAGAACAACUUGCUCAAAAUAUUCCUGUCAAUGUUCAUAAUCGAAAGAGAGGUAGAAGUGGUCGUAAAGCAAUCCCUAUUGACUUGGAAAAAUUGAGGGACAUUCCUCUGAAAAAUAGAAUGACGAUAGAAGAUGUGGCUAGAGAACUUGGUGUUAACAAAUCUAGGAUACAAAGUUAUUUGAGAAAGGGCCAGCUUAGGCGCCACUCUAGUAGCAUCAAACCUUACCUCACUAGUGCUAACAAGGAGACUAGGUUGAAGUGGUGCAUUGACAUGAUUGACCAAGGUUUGCUUGAUGAUCCAAAGUUCAAGGAUUUGUUUGACUUUGUGUUUAUUGAUGAGAAAUGGUUCUAUCUCCAUCAAAAAUCUGAGAGAUACUACUUGCUACCCGAUGAAGACGAACCACACCGCACUUGCAAGAACAAGAAUUACAUCCCUAGGAUAAUGUUUUUGUGUGUUGUUGCUCGGCCAAGAUUUAGAGAUGGAGUAUGUGUGUUUGAUGGCAAAAUAGGUUGUUUCCCACUAGUUACUGUUGAGCGAGCUAUUAGAGGUAGUCAUAAUCGGCUGCGUGGUGAGCAAGUAAUCAAGCCAAUCCAAUCAAUCACAAGGGAUGUCAUAAGAGAUUUCAUGAUAAAUAGAGUGUUGCCGGCAAUUAAAGCAAAGUGGCCAAGAGAAGAUGUGCACAAGCCAAUUUUCAUACAACAAGAUAAUGCUCCAAGCCAUUUAAAAGUGAAUGAUCCUCAGUUUUGUGAGAUUGCAAAGCAAGAUGGGUUUGACAUUAGGCUUAUAUGCCAGCCAGCCAAUUCUCCAGAUUUUAACAUUCUAGAUUUGGGUUUCUUUCGAGCUAUACAAGCGAUUCAAUACGAGAAAAAUGCUAAGACAUUGACAGAUCUAAUUCCAGUAGUGCAAGAGGCAUUCUUGGAGUACAGUCCAUGGAAAGCAAACAGGAUAUUUCUAACACUACAAACUGUUUUGAAGAAAGCAAUGGAGAUUAAAGGUUGCAACAAUAUAAAGAUUCCUCACUUGCAGAAACAAAGACUAGAGAGGCAAGAUAGGCUGCCAUUGCAAAUUCCUUGUGAAGCUUCAUUGCUAGCCGAAGCACUUGCUAGUCUCCCUUCAUGAAAGCAUUAGAAAAACAAGUUUUUUCCAACGCGGGGUAUGCCCCUGAUUUCAUUACUGGUAGUAACGAAAUUACAGCAGUUCACAAACCAAGGUUCGACACGAAAGAAACGAGAAUUUAAAGGCUAAAAGUCUACGGAUUAACAGCCUCCAGCAAACCCAGCAACAUUAGAAAAACAAGUUACCUUCUGCACUUUAUUGUUUGAACGCCGCCGGCAUGAAAGCAUUAGAAAAACUAUGUUAGCUUGUGCACCUUACUGAUCAUGUAUGCCGUCGUGCACUGUUGCAUUACUUUGUUUCUUCAUCUUUGCCGGAGACGCCGCCGGCAUGGAAGGUUUUGUAGCGAGGAUAGUGCGCCACGCUGUC